AUGAUUUUAUUUUAUUUUUAUUUACAUCACCUCGAGAAGAUGGAGACCUGCAAAGUCUGGAAAUGGUAUUGUAACACAAGCGACGCAGAGGUAAUCCCAGAUCCCACGACGAAACCAAAACCGAGAAAGUGGCAUGUUGUACAGUGGGUAUCUAGCUUAUCGCAGUGAGUGUGAACUGCUGUGGCUGAUUUGAGAUGGCGAGCAGAUGUACGUGUGUAUAUGGGUGGG